GUUUGUCUAUCGUGUGAUACGCAUUCGUCUGCUGGUAAACAUGGCUACGCCCGAAGUUCUGAAAAUGCUUGAGGAGCGAAUUGAAGAGCUAGAACGGCGGCUGACAGACUGCGACGCCACGAAGGAACCGCCUAACAAAUCUAGCAUAACGGAAGUGCUACUGAACGUCCACACGAAAAUCCAGGCUGCCGUCGCGUCUCGGGAGAAGUUGUCGGUGCUCAAAAAAACUGACGAGCUCGACAGAUACCUGGACGCCGAAUUCCAGGACCGUGCUGAUUUGACAGAGGGUGCCAAGCUCCAGCUCAUUCUAGCAGAGGAAGACAGAAUCCGACAAGUGAUCGCUGCCUACCAAAAGAUGGAGGAUCUCAAGCCGGUCCUUGACAGUACUCACAUCAAAGAUGCACCAACUCACAUUGGCAAGGUAUCAGCACUUGCUACUAUUCAACUUGAGCAACAGGAACAGGCUGAUGAGCAGACCAGGAACCUGCACCACCUUUUGGCAACUUACAAUGACCUGGUGAACACUAUAUCAAAACAGCUUUUGCUUUGGGACUCCAUUCUGACGAGCAAGCUUGAACAGCAGAACACAAAAACUGUAUCAUCCGACUGACAUUUUGUGAAGAGAGGUGGUCCAGCAACAGGAAUAAAAUCUAUUUAUUUU